AUGGCGGCAAGAGGUGCUCACAUUACGCCGAACAUUGAAUUGAAAGCUUCUCUGUUUGAGGUGUUAGCCGCAGAUUCACUUCAUGUAACAUUCUAUCCUGCGAUAAAAAGGGUCGUUGACUUUUUAUCUACAGCAAAGCCUACUGUCUUUGGAGGAUUUGUCCGUUACUAUGACGAAUUUUACUUGCUGUUCGAUAGCUUUGUGCAAGGAUAUUACCUGAAACGAUACAGUGGUUCGCUUGCGGAAGUGUUUUAUGGUCUCACCAGGAUAUCAUUGCGAAGUAAAACCUUUAGCACUAAAGAUCGAAACUGGUCUUUCGUAGUACUUGUACUGAUACCAUAUGCCAUCCGCAAGCUCGAAAAAGAAUGCGCUCGUUGGAAAGACGAUUAUGAAAAUGCAAAACAUGUAUCCACUUUUCGACGAUGGAUGUUCCGAUUCCAACCGUACCUGAAGGCCUGCUACGAGAGCUUAAAAUUGAUUAACUAUGUGUGUUAUUUGGCUAAUGUCACACAAAACCACUCUCCUUCGCUUGGGAUUCUAAGACUAGGUUUAACCUAUUUAUCGGAAGAAGAGGAAAGUUGGUCAUUUAAAGACAUGCUAAAGGGAAAAGUAAGGAUUGCAACGGUGAUGAGCGCUGCCAUUCUGCGUUGGCUGGAAUUAUCGGCAUUUUUCCUACAAUUCAUCGAAUGGUGGCAGACUGAAGCCAAUAUCGGGGAUCUUUCCAAACUACCGAUUCCUGAUGCACCUGAGUUGGAUGCAAAUGCAUUGAAAUAUGCAAAUGUGUGCCCCAUAUGCUUGCAAAAGCCUAUUAUUCCAACUGCGGUAUCCGUUUCUGGAUAUGUGUACUGCUAUCGUUGCAUUACUACGCAGCUUCAAUCUGAGGGUCGAUGUCCCGUCACAAAGUAUCCUGCUACAAUUAAUGAUCUUAUUGGAAUUUUUACCGGUGACGACGAAUAG